AUGUUUCUAGCGGUGACGCCGGGUCCCGUGGGCGGCCCGCAGCAAGGGUCGGCGGCGCCGUUGGCUCAGACGGCUCAGGACGCCGUCCGGAUGUUCCCUGUUGACCCGGUUUCGACGUCGAAGCAGGAGGCCAAGUUCAUAGAAAACAACAAGGUGUUGCGGAAUGAACAUCAGUUCACGUACCACAACAUCAACGGGCUGAACCACCAGGGGGUGAAGCAGCUGGAGCGGAUCCGGAUGUCGUUUGAGUCGGGGCUCAUGGACGAGGUGAAGUAUAUCUUGAACUUGCUGAUCGUGCUGUCGAACAACAACCCGGCGAAGAUCAGCCUCAAGAAGGAGUAUGCGUUUCUUGUGGACCACCUGCUGCGGUACCUGCAGGACCCGGGGGUGGAGAUCGACGUGAAGAUCGACUGCUUCUUGAUCAUCCGCAACCUUGUGCAGAACGUGGACAACUGCCAGGUGCUGAGCCUGAACGCGCAGUUGCGCGAGAUCAUCCUCUCCUUCCUCGACAUCUACCAGGACUCCAUCAACCAUUUGGACUUCUUCGAGAACGACCAGUUCAAGGAGCUGAUCAAGUACAGUCUCGACAUCAUCGAGAACAUCUCGUCGUACCUCAGCCCGAUCCACCAGGACGACGCCAUCUUCAACAAGUUGAUUUUCAUCUUCAAGAUCAACAACGACAAAAACACCUCCAUCACGAUCCUCCGAUCCAUCAGCAGAUACAUGUACGGUUCGUCGCCGAAUGACGAGGAGGACGCCGCUGCCGCUGUUGCUGCCGCUUCUGCCGCUGCCGCUUCUGCUGCGGCGGCCGCUGCAGCGGCCGCAAGUGGCACCGGCACGCCCGUCGCUGCGGCCACAGCAGCUGGCAGCCGAAGCAACGACGCCAGUGUGUUGAUCGACGACGAGUUCUUGAACAAGACGCUCGGCUUCUUGAUCCUCUCGAACAACAGCAACUCGAUCGACGACGAAAUCAUCUUGACGUCGCUCGACUUCUUGAUCCAGUACCUCUCCAUCAAGGAGGAGAACCUCACGACGCUCAUCCACAAGGACCUCAACCGCAAGCUCAUUCUCGAGAAGUUGCUCCCGCUGCUCAUGGUGUACAAGCAGAACUACAAGACGGAGUUCAACAUCCAGAACUUGAACUAUCUGCGGCUCUACAAACGGGUCUUGAAGAAGGAGGACCUCAACACAACGAUCCCGAACGUGCAGGCGGACGAGGCCGUCUUCAAGGACCUGAACAAGCUGAAGGAGCCGCAGAGAGCCACGUCGUGGUUGCGCUGCUGCUUCAAGCCCAACAAGUUCAGCAGCAUCACGCAGAUCGAGCUCUGGAGGGCGUACGAGAGCCAGUUCAACAAGAAGAAGUUGCUCCCGGCCGUGGAGUUCAUCAAGAACGUGCAGUUCGCCUUCCCGCAGAGCAAGGCCAAGGUCGUGCAGCUCCCAAACAACGAGGGCCGCAAGUUCAUCAUCGAAGGCAUCGAGCCCCGCCUCGAGAUCGUCAGCCUCGAGACAGGCAAGAACGACGCCUUGAUCAACUACAACAACGAGCUCAUCAACAACCCGUCCAAGUUCUUCCGCCCCGAGCUCGACCGCAGCGAGCAGGUCGAGAUCGAGAAAUUCAACUACGGCUUCAACGACUACCUCAAGCUCAACGAGAUCAACAUCAGCACCUGUCUGCUCAUCAAGGAGAUCCUCAAGUACCCGCUCGGCGUCGCCAUGCUCCAGGCCUACAAGUUCGAGUUUGUCCAGAACUGCAUCUACGUCCCAGACUUGCUCAACUACAUCUACCACGACAUCGUCGCCGUGUUGUAG